CCCUCCCCUCUGCGGUGAUGUGGGAGCGAGGGGGGGUUUUCAUGAUGGCGUCGAUGCAGAAGAGGCUACAGAAGGAAUUAUUAGCCCUGCAAAAUGAUCCACCCCCUGGGAUGACGCUCAACGAAAAAAGUGUUCAGAACUGCAUCACACAGUGGAUUGUAGACAUGGAGGGAGCUACUGGCACACUGUAUGAAGGAGAGAAAUUUCAGUUGCUUUUUAAAUUUAGUGCUCGAUAUCCUUUUGAGUCACCUCAGGUUAUGUUCACAGGAGAGAAUGUACCUGUCCAUCCUCAUGUGUAUAGCAACGGUCACAUCUGUCUGUCCAUUCUAACGGAAGAUUGGUCUCCAGCCCUCUCAGUGCAAGCAGUUUGUCUUAGCAUUAUCAGCAUGUUGUCCAGCUGCAAAGAAAAGAGACGACCGCCUGAUAACUCGUUUUACGUCAGAACGUGUAACAAAAAUCCAAAGAAGACAAAAUGGUGGUAUCAUGAUGAUACAUGCUAAUGUACAAACUUUGUAAUAAUCGUAGAAGGAAGAAGUCCUACUGACCUACGUAAAAGCACUUUUUAAUAAUUCAGUCUUUGAACUCUGACCGGAGACUGGACCAGUGGAUGCCAUGCUCUGGAGGCUCUUGACUG